CAAGUAGGUAGAACUAAACAAGAUUGCAAUUAUUAUAGAUCUCUUAUCUUCCACUUCCAGACAGUUUUUGCCUCUUGCCCCUGGUCAACCAGUUCUAAACAUUGAUCUCCGAGUACCUGCUUCUCUUUUUGGCAUUGAACCAUCAGUAUUCACUAUUCAGUACCUGGGAACAAGAGAAUAUGGUAGCUGAACGAGCUAAGCUGCACUUAGCUUUAACGUUUUUGCAAUUUUGUUAUGCAGGAAACCACAUAUUUGUGAGGAUUGCACUUGAUUCAGGCGUCAGCAAGCUUGUAUUUCCUGUCUAUAGAAACAUCACUGCUCUUCUUCUUCUGGGUCCCUUAGCUUAUUUUUCAGAGAAGAAAGACAGGCCAUCAAUAACCAGAUAUUGUCUUGUCCAAUUUUUCCUUCUAGGACUUGUUGGAAUAACAUUGAAAGAAGGGUUCUACCUUUUGGGUUUGGAUAACACUUCACCUACCUUUGCUGCUGCUAUGCAGAACUCUGUUCCAGCUCUGACCUUUCUCAUGGCUGUAGUACUCAGAUAUGAGAGUGUGCACUUCAAUAGGAUGGAUGGUCUGGCUAAGGUUCUUGGAGUCCUUGCUUCUGUUGGAGGAGCUUCAAUCAUUACCCUUUACAAGGGACCUACAAUUUAUACGCCAAAUUUAGCACUGCAUCAGGAGCAAUUCUUGUCUGUACUCAGGGAUGUCACAGCAAAAAACAUGAACAUGGGUGGCAUUUAUCUUUUUGGUCACUGCUUAUGUUGGUCUGGUUGGAUUGUGAUGCAAGCAUUUGUUCUGAAAAAUUACUCAGCUCCACUCACAGUUUCUGCGUUUACUUGCUUCUUUGGUAUUGUGCAGUUAAUAACAAUUGCAGCCUUUUUCGAGAAGGAUCCAAAAGCCUGGCAACUCAAUUUUAGUGAAGAGAUUUACAGCAUUUUGUACUCGGCUUGUUUGUAUCAGGGUCUGGUGAAUUCAGGGCUGGCAGCAGCAUUACAGAUAUGGACUAUUGGCAAGGGAGGGCCAGUGCUUGCUUCAAUUUAUCUGCCCCUACAGACAUUACUUGUUGCAUUGAUGGCAUCCAUUGUUUUUGGAGAAGAUUUCUUCUUGGGAGGGAUUAUUGGAGCUUUCUUAAUUAUAACCGGCUUAUACCUUGUUGUGUGGGGAAGAAGUCAAGAAACCAAGUCUGCCAAGGAGUGCAUGAGAGUCCCCAUUAUUGAGUCAGAGAAACAUCCGGAAGAAAAAAGUUACACUGCUUCUCUCAUGCAACAAUUGAUUCCUACACAAAAUGUUUAGAAGAUAGAGUUGACUAAUUUGUAUAAUAGUAAAACUGUCAAAGUCCUUUAAGGUGACCAAAUAUUGCAACAUUUUUUUGUUGCAGCAGGGUUAUGAUUUGUUUCACUAAUUCUUGCAACCCUCUACUUUUUUUUUUUAUAAAUUUGUAAUUUAUACAUAUUUCUUUGAGUAAAAUACACUCACCCCCCUCAAGGUUUGUGAGAAUAACACUUAACUUCA